UCUAGCAUCCUGCUAGCCAGUCAUGGAGCCCAGCCGGCCCAGGCCUGGGCUGUCCCCACCUCUGGCACAGCAGUGGGAGGAGACUCAGAGCUUGGCAUCUCCGAGGGCCGGGCACAGGGCCGGGCUCCUACCCCUGCUGUUUUCGGGGGAGCCGCCGGCCAGGGCCCAGAGCUGGUUCUGCUCCCAGAUGGGCCCUCGGCAACAGCCCCGUGUCCCGACCCUGGCGCAGAGGGAGGGGGAAGCCCUGAGCCCUGUGCAGGUCCAGGCCCGGGUGUGACCCCCGGCGCCCCAGCACUCGGGCAGCACGUCUCUGCCUCCCCCUCCCCCCAGGCCUCAUUCUUGGCUAGAAAUAGCUGGGGUUUCCGGCUGUUACCAUGCCAACCGCAGCCAGCUGUGCUUCUCAGGCCCGGGCUGCUCCCGGCUCCCCCCCAGGGCACCCCCUGGCGGCUCAGCCCUGCCCUAGGGGGCUGGCCCCAGCUCACCCCCUCUCUCCCCAGGGGAGCCUUCUCCGAGGUGGUGCUCGCCGAGGAGAAGACGAGCCGGAAGCUGGUGGCCAUUAAGUGCAUUGCCAAGAAGGCCCUGGAGGGGAAGGAGACCAGCCUGGAGAACGAGAUCGCCGUCCUGCACAAGAUCAAGCACCCCAACAUUGUGGCUUUGGAUGACAUUUACGAGAGUGGGGGUCACCUCUACCUCAUCAUGCAGCUCGUCUCAGGCGGGGAGCUCUUUGAUCGGAUUGUGGAGAAGGGGUUCUACACGGAGCGGGACGCCAGCCAGCUGAUCCGGCAGAUCCUGGACGCCGUGCGGUACCUGCACGACAUGGGCAUUGUGCACCGGGACCUGAAGCCCGAGAACCUGCUCUAUUACAGCCCGGACCCGGACUCCAAGAUCAUGAUCAGCGACUUCGGCCUGUCGAAGAUCGAGGGCUCUGGCAGCGUCAUGUCCACGGCCUGCGGGACCCCUGGCUACGUGGGUGAGUGA